GACAUAAUUGUUCAAUUUUAUAAUAAAAAAUGGAGGCCAUUUAUAAAAUUUUCAUUUGUGGUCUGCUCCUCGGAAUUGACAUACCGAUUUUUCACGCAUCCACUGACAUCACCCUGACGCAAGGGAGUCCCGAAGAGGAUUAUAUAUUUAACAAUACAUGUAGCCAACCUCCAUGUCAACAAUGCUCCCCGGCCUGUCCACCUGUUUCCGUAUCAAGCCCCCUUGGAACCACCCUCGUGGCUACAUUUAUAGAUCUUCAAAUCCCUGCAGAUAACAAGAUAACAUUUACCAACCUGAACACCAGUGAGGAGUUGCUGGCCAUUUCAGGGAUAUCUCAAAUCAUCGAUCCGAUUUAUGUUGAUUCCUCGCAAUUGAAAAUGGAAGUGGAGAAAGUCGUUGGGACCAACCUUCCUUCCACGUUUUUUCAAGUGAGAUUUUCUUUUAAAGAUCGGCUACAAGAUACGUUCAUCCGGUCAAGCGGUGGUGCCUUUGCCCUAUCCAACACCCUUCCAAGCAUCACCCUGCAGAGUGCUGACCUAUCCAGCAUGACAAACCUAGAGGCCGAUCUUCACUGGUUUAUCACAGCCACCUCCUACUCCUGGAUCCAGGUUGAUGUCCUGGAGAUGGAGCCAGGAAUGGGGGCCUAUGUCUGCAUCUUCGACACCUUCAAAACCUAUGGGGAAUGGGUGUGCAUGACGAACUCGGUAUCGUCCACCUCGUGGUAUUCGUACGAUGACGAGAUCAGGUUGUCGUUCUACGUCCAAAGAGGUGAUCGGCCUGGCUCUGGCCUGACGGUGAACCUGACUAUCAUUGAUCAUUUAACAUGGAAUGGUCAGUCCCUGACCAUACCAUCGUGCAACCCGAAAGUGACUCUACAUGAAGCUGAAACCAUCAGAUUUACUUCACCAUUCUUCAAUCAAUCUGUUGAAAAUGUAAAAUACCAGUGCAGGAUGACAUUCACCAACGGAUUGCAGCCAGCCGGCAUUCAGUAUCAUCAUCUCGAUGUCAUAGACAGGGUUAUAGUUCAUACAACAGAGUUUGGGGAUUUGUUGAAACUCGCGGAAGCUACGGGUAUUCAUAUGGGCUCUUUGGAUUCCCCCAUUAUCUCUGUGUCACCAACUCCAGAUAUUUCCGUUGACGUGAAUAAACCAGAUUACCAGGGGACUGAAGUUGGUCUAAUGGUGCAACCAUAUACAGAAGACAUACUGAAUGUAGGUCCAGAGCCUUUGUCAUCUUUCGGCCUCGCCAUGAAACUUGAUAACGCCUCAUUCCAACAAGACUUCAUCAGCCUUAGCUACCCGGUUCUUCCCAAUGCGGUCAUGAACUUCAAAUGGCUGUUCGACAAUCGCGUCACUGGUACGGCCAUCAAAAUUCAAUUCAUCGAUUUUGACAUCGGUGCGGCCACCCUUUUUGGCCAUGUAGCAGAGACGAACACACCUCUAUGCCAGUUGACAGGUUCAGCGAUUCCAGACGAUAUCCUCACGGACACGACGAGACUGACGCUCCUGCUUCAAUCGGAUUCUCAAGGCGUAUGUUGCAACAGAGGGAUUUACUUCAACUUAACACUGAUAACAAUGAUCGAUGAAUGUUUGAACUCUCCUUGUCUAAACGGAGGAACCUGCUUCGACGAGUUCGAAUCAUUCCGAUGUCACUGUCCCAACGAGUAUGAAGGAGACUUGUGCCAAAACAAAAUUACCACACAAAGGCCGAUUCAGACGACGGAGAGCUCAACUACAGCUGACAUUACGACGAUCGCAACACAGACAACGGAUGUAACAGAAAUUACCACACAAAGGCCGAUUCAGACGACGGAUAGCUCAACUACAGCUGACAUUACGACGAUCGCAACACAGACAACGGAUGUAACAGAUUUCAUGACGCAUGACCCAACUUCGAAGACUACUACUCGCAGUGAACCAACUUCUACUAUGUCACCUACUAUAAACGAUGGCACAAACACAGGAGAAUCGAAGGAUCCCGAUGUACUCAUUAUCGCACUGAGUGUUAGCAUCGUAAUGGCCUUUUUUCUCAUCGGAUUCCUGGUUGGUGUGGUGGUUUACCGAAGUCAGAAGCAAACGGGGACUUUGUCACACGCCGUCUCUCCGGCGUGCUCCCAAAACGGACUAAUCCAAGAGAAUGGACCAACCGCUGAUCGGUACCAAGAAGGAUUGGAUUUCCCGAGAAGCAACGGUUCUCUUCCUCCACCACUUCCUCCAGACCGACCCGAUCCCCCACCUAGCUACUACGACACGAUAGACGACGGGGCGUGUAGGGGAAGCUAUUUAGAAUUGGACCCGUCCCCAUACUCCACAGAGAUUUUCCAUGUCUCCCCCGCUCGGAAUCGAGUAUCAGCAUAUUCCGAUGCCAGUUACUGCAUGCCGAUGAAUGGCUCCGUAUCUCCAUCUCACAUUAAUGGACAACAAACAUCAGAGUUCAACACGUUUCACGAGUGAGACGAGGGGUCCGUUGCAAAAAAAUGCUCGUGUAGGGAGUUUUUUUAAUCCUACAGCGCAGGACGAAUUCGGGAACAUAGAGAUAUAUUGUGCCCUUCAUGAGAAUGAGGUCUUCGUCAAAAGUCUGUGAAUCAAAACAGUAGUUUCGUCCUGGACUCUGGACAAACGACAUAAUUUAUUUGCAAUUUUUCGUCAGCUCCGAAACUUAGGACGAUCUGCUUUUCCGGUUCACCAAUUUUCGAUGAAAACCUCUCGGCUGUUCAUUGUAAUGUGACUUGCUCGUUAUUUGGUGUGUUCUCGGAUUUCUACUGCGUGACGGUGCAAAAACUCGCUAUUAUCAUGGGUAACUGUACAAUAUAAUGGUAGCUUCCCUAAACCCUUGAUUUUGAUUUUGACUUACUUAUAGUCACAGCUUUUGAGUAUACCAUGAUACGGAUAGUCGGUGAUACUCACCGGCAAUAUUUAUUGUUAUAAGCUUCUGAAAUCCUUGCAUAUGAUUAGCCGAGACAAAACAAGU